UUUUACAGAGAAGAGAGAGAGAGGUUCGUAACACUAUCAAAGAGGAAAGAGAGAGAAGAAGAUGGAGGAUUUGAAGAAGAGAAAGCUUGACGAUGAAACGGGCAACGAUCAAUUUUCGUCGAACCUUUCAGAAGAACAGUUGCGUUCGCUGCUUGACCCCCUCGCCAAAGCCCAGUUGGUCGAUCUCCUCGCAAAACUAGGUUGCCAAUAUCCUUCUAUUGCUGAAGAAAUUGGAAGUCUUGCGAGUGCAGAUCCAGCCCAUCGAAAGCUUUUUGUUCGUGGCUUGGCCUGGAAUACUACCUCAGAAACCUUGUGUGCUGCAUUUCAAGUGCAUGGAGAAAUAGAAGAGGGGGCUGUGAUCAUUGACAAAGCAACAGGAAAAUCACGUGGUUAUGGUUUCAUUACCUACAAAGAUAUAGAGUCGGCUCAAAAUGCACUGACGGCACCCAGCAAAUUGAUUGAUGGUCGUUUGGCUGCUUGUAACCUAGCUUGCGAGGGCUUAAGCAGCACAAGUGUUACACCUGAUAUAGCGCAGCGAAAGCUUUAUGUUGGGCGCUUGUCACCGGAUACUACAAGUGAGAUGCUACUCUUUUUCUUUGGAAGGCAUGGCGAGAUAGAAGAGGGUUCAGUUGCAUAUGACAAAGAGACAAACAAAUCACGUGGUUUUGGCUUCGUUACAUACAAGACGUUGGAAGCAGCAAAGAAGGCUAUAGAUGAUCCACAAAAGACCCUUGGGGGGAGGACAAUUACUGUGAAGCUUGCUGAUAACCACAGAGGCAGAGUAGCGCAAACACAGAUACCAUCAUCAUCAAUUGUUCCGGUACCUGUACCCCUGGCAUCUGGAUACCCACAAGCUGGAAGAGCAUAUUCCAGCACUGCCCUUGUUGCCUACACAUACCCUCAAUCUGGGGCGACAUAUCCUACUUCUGCUUACCAGAGUCCUCCCGCAGCAGCUGCUCCUUACGCAACCCAACCUCGGAUUUCAUACCCCUCGUUUGCAGUGAAUAAAGAUUCACUUGGACCUACACCAGCAACACCUGCAGGGUCAGGUGGGUACCUAUGUUACAUUCCAAAACAAUGAAAUAUACGGAGUACAAAAGAAGCAUGGUAUGGUGGUAUUUAACCUCCACCCCCACUUCUUUUCAUUUUCCUUCUACUGUAUUAACUCAGCACCGCCAUCACCACCACUGCUAUGUACUAUUAUUUUUUGUUUGUCAUUUACUAGUUAUCAUUUGACUUU